AUGUUCAUCUCUGUACUUGAUCACAGUGAAUGCCAGGUUUCUCAGGCUGCAGCAGACUUGAAGCAGUUCUGCCUGCAGAAUGCACAACAUGAUCCCCUACUGACAGGAGUAUCAUCAAGUACAAAUCCAUUCAGACCCCAGAAAGUUUGUUCAUUUUUGUAA